CACAACCUAUAAAAUAUAUCGCACAUACAUCAAACUGACAAUCAUGCUAUUGUAAAUGCAUCUACUGAUGAAGUCAGUUAAUCCUGGUUGGAUGAAAAAAAUGUAUUGAAUAUUUGAAGUGCUAUACCGUUUACAGUAAAUUAUUAUCGCCUAGUGAUGAAGUUGUAGCGGUACAUUUAAAACCAUAGAAAAAACAAUUGUGAAAAAUGAAUCAAAUAUCCAGAGAAGAAAUUAAUAUCAAGAGACUUUUAGCCAGAUGCGAACUAAUGGCAAAAGAUGAUCCUCAUAAAGAAUGGAAACUUGAAAAGUACAUCUUUGCUUUGGAUGAUAUGAUAAAACAGUUGCAAACACUACCAAGCAAACCAUGUAAAGAUACUAUGAUGAGCUAUGUUAAACGAAUAGAUUUUUUGAAAGGACUAAUAAACACAACAAAGCUUACAAAUCCAGUAGAUAGAGUAGCAGCAGUACAGAUGCUGUCAAAAAAUUCUACUACAUUUAAUGAUUCAAUAGGUCCAAAUAUAACAACUCAAAUACAUCAAAAAACUUCAGCAAAAUAUAAUCAAGAAUUAAGAACUGAAUUAUUUCAUACUGAUAAAGGAACAUUAGAGGAUGGUGUAAGACAGAGAUUUUCUAGCAAUAUGCAAGAUGAUGAUUUGGAUGCACUUUUAAAAUAUAAUAGAAACAUUCAAGAGAAAAUUGCUGAAAAUAUGCUUUCUAUGACCAGCAGCAUGAAAGAACAUGCUUUAGCAGCAAACGCUAUAAUAAAGAAAGAUAUUGGUUUACUUGAAAGGUCUGACAAACUAACUGAUGUUAAUACAACUAAAUUAAAAUCAGAAUCAUUGAAACUUCAAGAACAUACUACGUCAUAUUGGCGAUGUUGGAUGUGGGUAAUGAUAGCAUUUGUUUUAGUAGUAUUUUUCAAUAUGGUGUUAUUUAUGAAAGUUGCCAGAAAAAGAAUUUAGAUUUUAUUGUACGAUUGUACAUAUAUACAUAUGUUUUGUAAAAUUAUAAUUGAAAUAAAGAAGACAUGGAUUGUGA